AUGCCAAUAGCAGUUGGAAUUGAUAUUGGGAACCGUAACAUUACAGUUGCUGUAGUACGGAAGAACGGGAUUGAUAUAGUUCUCAACGAAUCAUCGUCUCGACAAACGCCGACUUUUGUGUCCUUCUGUGACAAAGAACGAGCGAUAGGAGAGGCAGGGUUUGGCCUUUAUCUUCGAAAUGUGAGGAAUACCAUUACGGAUGUUAAACGACUGUUGGGGCGACUUUAUGAGGACAAAGAUGUUCAAGAAGAAUUGAGUGAAUUGCCGUAUGAAGCCGUUAAACUUGAAGAUGGGAUGGUAGGGUUAAAAGUGAUGCUUCGAGGGGAAGAGGUAGUAUUUCGAACGGAACAGAUCAUUGCUAUGCUCUUAGUCCAAGUCAAAAAGUUUACAGAAGAGUUUACUAAUGAUGUCUUCACAGAAUGUGUCAUUUCAGUCCCGGGUUACUUCACUGAAAAUCAGAGAAGAGCCAUGUUAGAUGCCGCCAAAAUAGCUGGAAUCAAUUGUUUAAGAUUAAUGAACGAACACACUGCUACUGCACUUGCUUAUGGUAUUUAUAAGAACGACUUAAGUGAGAAAGAUGUGAGGAAUGUGUGUAUCAUUGAUUGUGGCCAUUCAAACACAACGUGUUCCAUCAUCGGGUUAUUCAAAGCAAAAAUGAAAGUACUUGCAGUUGACUAUGACUGGAAGUUUGGAGGGAGAGAUUAUGAUGAAGCGAUUGGAGAGUUCAUUCGUAAGGACAUUCAAGCCAAGUGGAAAGUCGAUGCAAAGAUGAAUAAGAGGAUGUGGGGAAGGAUUUUAGUUGGAGCUGAGAAGUCGAUUAAACGAGUGAUUUCAAGUGGGUCUCCAGUAGCUUCUUUGUCAUUAGAUAACUUAUAUGAAGAGCGGGAUUACUCCAUUAAAGUAACUCGAGAAGAUUUCGAGAAGAUGGUAGCUGAGAUGAAUAAGAGAGUUGUCAAUUUAAUUAAAAAGACUAUAGAACAAUCAAUGAUUAAAUUAGAGGAUAUCUAUGCUUUUGAAAUUACAGGCAGUGGAACUCGACUUGGAACUUUACAAGAUGCCAUUUCGAAAGAAUUUAAUAAACCUCUUUCUAAGACUAUCAAUUGUGAAGAAUCGAUUUCUAGAGGGUGCGCAAUUGCUUGUGCGGAGUUACAACCAUAUUUCAGAGUAAAAGAUUAUACAGUAGAAGACUUACCACCAUAUGAUUUGAAUAUGAAAUUCACAACGGAAAAUAAGACGGUCGACCCGAUUCCUUUCAUUACAAAGUCUUCAGUCUUCCCAGUGACUCGUGUAGUCAAAUUCAACGAUUUUAAGAAAUUGGAUUUGGUCAUCGACUAUGCCAGUGUCCAGUCGCUUUUCCCAGGAACUUUAAGAGAUGGCGUUGAGGUCAAAUUUAAUGAGUUCCCUAAGACUAAGACUGAAACGCCCCAACUGAAACUUCGAGUUGCUUUGAAUACCUCUGGGGUAUUAGAAGUUUUGGACGCAACUUUGAAUGAACAAGUUGAAGAAGAAGUUGAAGAGAAAGAGACGAUAGAAGUCCCCGAAGAAGUGAAGAAGGAAGAACCAAAGAAAGCCGAAGAGCCAAAAGAAGAUAAAAAAGACAAAAAAGACACACCUGUCGCUGAAGCCGAGAAAGAAGGUGAAAAUAACACUAAAGAAGCUCCUAAGAAGAUGGAAGAAGAGGUGAAGAAAGAGACUCCACCUGCCGAACCUGUGAAACCCAAAAUGGUGAAGAAGGUGAUCACAAAGAAAGUGAAGAAAAUGGUCGACAAGGUCUAUACCUGCUCAUUUGAGCUUAAGACGUGUUCGUUGGAGAAAAAAAUGAUGAACGCAUUCAUCGAGAAAGAGGCACAAAUGCAAGCGGAAGACAAUCACUUCAUCGAAACCGCUUUUGCGAAGAACGACUUGGAGGCAUUUGUCUAUAACACUAAGCAGAAAUUGACGGACGGAGUCUACGUCGAAUUCACUACACCUAAGGAAGCACAAGAGAUCUGCGAGAAGCUUGAGAAGUACAUCUAUUGGUUGGAGGAAGACGGAUAUGAUGAAACGAAAGGCGCAUAUUUGGCUAAAAAAGCGGAAGCGGAAGCAAUUGUGAAACACAUCGCCGACAAGAAAGCAGAAAAAGACCGAAAAAUUGCAGAGGAGAAAAGAAAGAAAGAAGAGGCGGAGAGGAAAAAGAAGGAAGAAGAGGAAAGAAAGAAAAAAGAAGAAGAAGAAAAGAAAAAGAAAGAGGAGGAAGAAAAAAAGAAAAAAGAGGAGGCGGAGAAAAAAGCUAAAGAAGACGCAGAAAAAGCUAAACAACCAAAUCAAACCGAAAACAAGGAAAAUACUCAACAGGCUCCUCAAAACAAAUAA